AUGGAGGUGACCGUGGCCUUGGAGGACGCGGUCAGGGGCGUCUCCGCCGACAUGGACACGGACACGGACGCGAUGGUGGCGGGGGACUCGGGCAGCAAGCAUAACGGCGGUCGCAGCGCCGUGGUCGUGGGUGCCUCCACCGGCACGGAGGUUGGCAAGGAUGUGACCGGUGACCAGACAGCAGGUGCCAGCAGUACCGUCAGCGGCAUCAACAGCAUGACGUCCUUUGUAGAGAUCGUGUCCGUAGGGGAGGAGAUCGGAGGCAACUUCGUCAGCAUGGAGUCGGACGCAAUGGUAGCGGGCGACUCGGGCAGCGAGGGCAGCGGCCGUGGCAGUGCCGUCAGCAGCAUGACCUCAGAUGUGGUGGUGGCGAACGUGGCCGUGCUGGAUGUGGUCUGA